ACAAGUGAGACGGCGCAUAAACUGAUGAGCUGAGCUGUGUUAUUUGGUGCUUUUCCUCCACAAUUUCCGCAGGUUCGUGCGUGGAAGUCGAGUGCAAUCCAGUGUUGAGUGUCGUGGGUGUCGCGAGCAGCUGAAAUUGGGGCGCCAGAGCCUCGCGAGUGGGCGAAAAGCGGCGGUGAAAACAAGCCGCACAUCGGAUCACGCCUCCGAUUGGCAAUCUCUGCUGAGCUGAGCAGCCACUGAGACUUGCGAGGAAUCUCCGGAACACGCGCAGUCACAGUGCAGAACUGAGAAUGGUCGAGUUGGCGGCCUAGCGAGGUGAUUUUCCCCCUAAAUUGAGGAUGUGCGCCUCAUUUGCGCGCUGAUUUCCAUCAAUCCAGUGAUUCUUAAUGUGCAAUAAGCGCCGCGGAAGCCCAGCCAGCAGAUCGUGAUCGUCCCAGAGAGAUGGCAUCGAGCGAAAUCUUCCUCUAUCUCACCAAUGGCUUCGUCACGAUUGACCACUCGCCCACGGACACGUGCGAGGGCGUGUGCAGCCUCGUGUGCCGGCGCCUCAAGAUCCAGCCCUACGUGGAGCUCCUCUUCGGCCUGCGCGUCACCGGCUCCAAGAACUUCGUCGCCCCCUGCCAGCCGCUAGUGGCGCGCCAGAAGUACGAGUUCCGCAUAAGAUACAAGUUGCCCGACGUGACGAAGAUAAAGGAGCUGGACAAGGAGUUGUUCAAGUACUACUUCAGUCAGGUGAAGCACGAUCUGCUGGAGAACAAGAUCUCCCAUUUGCAGUAUGACGAGCACUCGCAGAAGAAGAUCAUGGGCCUCGUGCUCACGGACAUGUAUCUGGAGAUGGUGCAGAACAAGGUGUCGAAGCAGGACUUGAUGGGGCACUAUAAGCGCUACGUGCCGAAGGUGAUUAUAAAGAAUCACGUGCUACACUUCGUGAAACGUGCCAUCAAGAAGGAGUUGGAUACGAUUGAGAAGUUUGAUCACGAUCCCUUCUACAUCAUUCAAUCGUACAUCUCAGAGAUCUCGAACAUUGCGCCUGAUUACCUCACGGAGGAGUACAUUGCCAACUCGCCGUACCUCCAGGAGGGCGACCAGGCGGCGACCAGGACGGGCUGGUGUCCGGUGACGCUGAGGAUUUCGCCGUACCACAGCGAGAAGCCGGGACUGCGCGUUCACUAUGCGUACAAGAACAUGUGGAAGAGCUUCAGCAUCGAGAGCAUGAGCGGCAUCGAGACGAUGGACCUGGAGGUCAGGAUAAUCACGCAGGACGAGCGAGACAAGUACUUGCUGAAGUUCAAGGACAGAGAGAGUCUGGAGUCCUUCGUCAGCUGCCUGUCCGGCUACUACAGACUGAUGGCGAAGUGGUCAAUCAAUCUCUGCGGCAAUCUGCCGUCGCCCUCGCUGGGUCGACUCGAGGCGAUGCGAUGCCACGGGCCGAUCGGGAAGGAGUUCGCGUACAAGAAGAUCGAGGCGAACAGGAACGAAAGUGGGGCGUUUCUCGUGCGAGAGUGUGAGGAGAACUACGAUGUGUACUAUCUGGAUAUGGUGUGGAAGAAGGAUGAAUUCAGGACGUUCAAGUUGGUGUUCAGGAAGAACAAAUUCCACUUGCUGUACAACGACACAGAGACGCCCUUCGACACCCUCGUGGAUGCCGCGAAGAGCAUUCCAGUGCCGUCUGGGAAGCACUUUGUCCUCCAGCCGUCGGAUUACGAUAAGCCCACGAAGCUGCUGCUGUGUCGCUACGUGGUGGAGAAGGUGGAACUGGAGGUGGUGAAGGAGGGCGAUGAGAUUCGCAAAGGGAAAACCCUCCUGAUUGACUCAUCGCGCGAACUGGUGCUGGAUCAGGCCAGCGAGAGGGAAUGCGAGGGUGGCGUUCUCACCAGGAUGAAUGGAUAUCUCAUUGUGAAUGAGAAGAGCAAGAUUAAGGUGAUGCUGAAUGUGCUGAAGCCGGACAAGAAGCACAAUCUGGAAACGUUUAUGCAUUUGGCGCACAAAUGGAGUCGCCUGAAUUCGCCAAAUCUCAUGAAGAUGUACGGCUUCACGCUGUACCAGCCCAUUGCGAUGGUGAUGGAGUCCUCGGGCUUGGGACCGCUCAAUGAGUACUUCAGACAGGUGGCGGUUCUGCCGCUGUCCUGCCUCAUCAGCAUCGCCUACUCCCUGCUCAGGGCCAUUAUCUAUCUGCAGAAUGAAAGUAUCGUGCACAACAGGAUUCGAUGCUCAUCGCUGUACGUCGUGAGUCAAAAUGACACGGAUGUGUACGUGAGACUCGGCGAUCCGGGCUUCCAGACGACGCUCACGUACAAAGACAUUCCGUGGAUUCCGCAAGAGCACCACAACAGUCUGGAGCUGUCGCGCUUCGACAUGAAGGCGGACAUUUGGGCGUGCGCCACGACGAUGUGGGAGAUCUUCUCGCAGGGUGAUUCCCCGAUGUCGUGUCUCAAGUGUUUCCAGCUGCAGAAGCCACCGAAGCCGCCCAAGCCAGAGUGUUGUCCGAAGGAGAUGUACGACAUCAUGUGCCAGGGUUGGCUGGACAUCGAUUCGCGCUUCAAGCCACAGUCGAUUGUGCAACAAUUGCACAUCAUCCAGCAGCAGGAGGCGCACGUCUAUCACGACAUCCCGCAUCGCUCCAGACCGCUGCUCAGCGAUCAGGGAUCGCUGAGUAGUGGAUUGAGUCGUGAGACUGAGCAUCUGGAUUUGAAUGGGGACAUUUCGGGCACGAGCACUGGCGGCAGCACCAGCUCGAUAAGCUCCGAUCGGCAGUCGAUGGAGCAGAGCCAGGGCAAGGAUUUGCGUCCGUCGCACUGGCCGGGCAGGAAUCAGCGCGAGCGGCAGUUUGAGGUUGUGCGGCACGGGAAGAUUGGGUGCGGCAACUACGGGGCGGUGUACAGAGGGGAGAUUCUGGACAGGGAUGACUGCACGAAGGUGGUGGAUGUGGCCAUAAAGGUGAUCGAUAUCUCGCAGAGCUCCAAUGGGUGGGAUGAGUUUGAGAAUGAGUGCAAGAUCAUGAAGCAGCUGAGGCAUCCGAACAUCGUGCAAAUACUGGACUUCAACAUGGACAAUCUCAAGUUUGUGGAGAUCGUGAUGGAGUAUGUGGAGAAUAAUUCUCUCAAUUGGUAUCUCACCACGAAGGACAUCACGAAAAUGGGGACCUUGAAGUUGCUUAAUUUUGCCAAAGAUAUUGCGAAUGGUAUGAAGUACUUGCAAUCGAAGAUGAUUGUUCAUCGGGACUUGGCGGCUCGAAAUGUUCUAGUCGAUAAGAAGGAGAGACUGAAGAUUUCCGACUUUGGCUUGGCGCGUUGCGUCAGCAUUGACGGCUACUACAUCUGUCGCGAUCUGGACAAGAAGGUUCCCAUUGCGUGGUGGGCGCCCGAAACCCUCUCGCAGUCGAUCUACACGGUGCACUCGGACAUCUGGUCGUACGGAGUGACGCUGUAUGAGAUCUUCUCUGGCGGAAAGGAGCCCUGCCUGGAGCCCGACAAGACGCUGAGCACGGAGAGUCUCCUGGAGGCGCUGGACAAGGGCAAAAGACUGCCGCUUCCGCCUGAGUGUCCCAUAAAUAUUUACGAGAAACUGAUGGCGCCGUGCUGGGCGCAGAAGAAAACCAUGCGGCCGACAUUCGUGACGAUUCUAGACACUAUCAACAAGUUGAUUACAGAGUUUGGCCAGGAGGUGUAGAGGAACGGAGGCCGUUGAACGUGCGCAGCGAAAGUAUCCCAAUCGAGCUUGCAAAGAAGAAGAAAAACUGUUGAAAACGAUAUUAAUCUUAUAGUGAAGCCACUUUAUUUCUACAUUGAGUAGUUUUCUCAUAAACAUUUCGUCAACAUCGAACAGUUAUACAAAAAAUAUAUAUAUAUCGUUUGAUUCUUUUGGACAAAGAGAUAUAAAAAAAAAUUUACACGCGUAUAAACUUGAACAGUUGAUUUCCAAAAUAUUGUACAUUCGAUCUAAGAAUUGUAACGUCUGUGGGAUAAGUUGAUUAAAAUUGUAUGUAAAGUUA